CACCUUAGCAGCGGAGUCGGGAGUCUGGUCGAGUUGGGUACUUUUCUGAGGGGCGGGAAUGGAGGCGUCGCGAUGCCGACUGGGACCGCUCGGAGACAGCGCCUUUGAAGAUGAGACCAUGAAGCUUCGACAGCUGAAACUAGAUAAUCAGCGAGCACUCCUGGAGAAGAAACAGAGAAAAAAGCGCCUGGAGCCACUCAUGGUACAGCCUAAUCCAGAAGCCAGGCUACGUCGGUCAAAGCCAAGAGGUUGUGAGGAGCAAACUCCUUUGGUGGAACCUCAUACCCCUCACAAUAAUGUCAUCCUACAUGGCAUUGAUGGUCCAGCUGCUUUCCUGAAGCCAGAUGCUCAAGAUUUGGAAACCAAAUUUCAUGUUCUCUCAGUUGGCUCUUCUGCUACAGAAGAGGAUACUGAAGGAAGUGUUGAUGGGGAAAGCACUUUGGAUACUGCUUCUAAGCCAGAUCUUCAGGAGAUUCUCCAAAAACAUGGUAUCUCAGGUAGUUUGAACUUUGAUGAGGAGACUGAUGGGGAAGAAGAAGGAAAAAAAUUAAGAUCUCAUUCAUCACGUUCAGAGGCAGAAAGACCCAGUUCCGCACCCAGCCAGAAAUCAACCACAGAUACAGGAGCUUCUGGUACUUCAGCCCAACAAAAUGAUAACCAGCUGGGAGAAGUAGAGAAUUUAGAGGACUUUGCUUAUAGUCCUGCUCCUCGAGGCAUCACAGUCAAGUGUCGGAUAACCAGGGAUAAAAAAGGAAUGGAUCGGGGUCUCUUCCCCACUUACUAUAUGCACUUGGAAAAGGAUGAAAAUCGGAAGAUAUUUCUUCUUGCAGGUAGAAAGCGAAAAAAGAGCAAAACAUCCAAUUACCUUAUCUCUACCGAUCCAACGGAUUUAUCUCGUGAAGGAGAAAGUUAUAUUGGCAAACUCAGAUCCAACCUCAUGGGGACCAAGUUUACAGUUUAUGACCAUGGUGUCAGCCCCGCCAAGGCUCAAGGUCUGGUAGAAAAGGCCUAUACCCGGCAGGAGCUGGCAGCCAUCUGUUAUGAAACAAAUGUACUUGGAUUUAAAGGUCCUAGGAAAAUGUCUGUGAUCAUUCCAGGGAUGAAUAUGAAUCAUGAACGGAUCCCAUUUUGGCCACGAAAUGACCAUGAGAGCUUGCUUUCAAAAUGGCAAAACAAAACCAUGGAGAACUUGAUUGAGCUGCACAACAAGGCCCCAGUCUGGAAUGAUGACACUCAGUCCUAUGUCCUGAACUUCCAUGGCCGGGUCACUCAGGCUUCUGUGAAGAACUUCCAGAUAGUCCACGAAAACGACCCUGACUAUAUAGUCAUGCAGUUUGGACGUGUGGCAGAUGAUGUGUUCACCCUGGAUUACAACUACCCACUGUGUGCACUUCAGGCCUUCGCCAUUGGGCUUUCUAGCUUUGACAGCAAGCUAGCGUGUGAGUGAGACAGAAAGCACACACAGAGCUGGACUUUCUCACUACAGAGCUUUCAGGAGCAGGUAGUUGCCUACCUUGCUCUUGGCCCAGGGCAUGAAGAGAGACAAUCUGCACCUUUUGGAAUAAUCCCUGAAUGUAUGUAUGUAUAUGUGUAUAUACAUACAUGUAUGUGUUAUGUAUACACAUGUACACCACACACACACUUCUCUGGCUUUCACAGACCUGGUCAAGGACUAUAGUUUGAGAUACGUGAAAAAUUAUUAAAAGCAGAGGGAAGUUCUUGUCCAGAGCACAAUAAUGACCCUCGAGGUAUAGAUUCUGUGCCUCAAGAGUCAGAUUUCCUUGGAACCUUGUAGCUAGAAUCAGGUUCUAAUAAUUAAAUACUUGGGUCUCUUUUUUGAAGACCUUUUCGGAGAGGGACAGUCCCCUAAAUUGACUUUAGUCUCUAGUUCUGCAAACUUUUUCUCCUAAAGGGCCAGAUAGUGGCCCUCUAGGGCCACAAUUUCUCCUAUAGGGCCACAACUGCUCAGCUGUCAUUGUAGUGCAGAAGUAGCCAUAGCCAGUUCAUACAUGGGCGAGGGUGGCCUUCUUCCAGUGAAAUUUUAUUUAUUUAUAAAAUCCGGCAGCAGCCAGAUUUGGCCUGUGGGCCAUAGUUUGCCAACCUCUGCUUUAGGUAUAUCGUUAUACUCUCUAGACUCGGGCAUUUCCAAAAUGGGCUCCUAUCAUGCAAUGGUAUGAGUGGGAAAUGGAGAAAUCCUACAGAUUGGAUCCAGAGAGGUAUUCUCUGCUGCAUUCACUGUUAACAAAGCAUUACCUUGUUUUGGUGACGGUGGUUUGUAGAGUAUCAUUUAUCAUCAUAACUGGAAAACCCCAAAGUCCAUGAUCAUUUUGAGUCCACACAGGUAGCCUAAUUCCCCUAACCUACCCAACACACCCACGGGAGAAGGCAAUGCCAGCCACUUUACCUUCCCCAAGAAAAGAACUCGCGAUCACUAGGAAACAAAUCUAGAAUUGUAUUGUCUUAACAACAGGGAGUGUAGUAUUUGUUUCUUAGAGUUAGCUUGUUGUCCCCGUGGUGCUUGGAAGGUACUGAUGUCACAGUCUCACUCUUCCCUCAGAGCAGAUUGGCUGGCACCAAUCUCAGUCAAAGAGCCCAUGGCCACAUUUGUGAUCGGUGAUGUGAGAAUUUUAUAUAAUUAUCUUAAUUUUAGUUCAGACUAAGAACUCCAGAGGUGACUUAGUCUAUUUAAGACUGAUAGUAAUUUGACAGUUGCCUUCAUUUUCAACCCAGGAGUGCCUCCCCAAGCUGUAUUAAUAUGGAGCGAUGGUACAGAGGGACACACACACCUGUAGACCAUGUAAGAAGUAAGAGAUCGUUAUGUGUCGAAACUUUCAUUGUUAUCAAAAGCGGUGGCAGGAGAGGCUUGGUGAGGACCAGCUAACUCCUGAGCUCUGCAGGCCUUGUUGGGCAGAACUUGGGGCCUUUCUUCUUGAAAUAAAUAUUAUCAGCUCCCAGAAGCCUGUUCAUUGGUACAGAUGAAGCUGCUAUCUUCCUCAUAGAUCAUGAGUUUUGCUAAGUCGUUCAGAUUAUUAGCACCUCUGCUAAUAAUGUGACUCUGCUACCAGCUCACUGGUCUCAGAGUGUACCUGAAUCUUGAGAACCCAAUAAUUUUGUGAGUGCUACAUUCAGCAUUGCUCAACACCCAAGCCUUUGUGCAUGGAGCUGUUUGCCAGUAUGGGGCAAGAAAUCAAUGGCCAUCAUUCCAUUUUGUUUCCCUUUUGUGGACUCUCUUUUUGUCUCUGCUUCCUGUUGUUCCAUGCUCCAUAUCAAAGAGCAAUGUGAAAGAAGGAGGUCUGGGAGAUGAAAAGUCCUUUGGCUCCUCCCCACCUGCAAGUCCUACGUGAUGUGUUUUGUCAUGAUCGGUUUCCAUCUCAGGCAUGCUUCCCAUCAAGUGCCUCCUACAUAGAAGUGCCCAAAGCCCUUCAGACCUCUGGUACCACCUUCCUCAUGUACUGUCAGAUGAGCUGCCCUCCUUGAAAACAGAAAGCUGAUCACUUAUGUCUGGUUGUAAUAAUUGACAGCAUCUGGAGAAGGGGAGCCUCAUGGGCUGACCAGAUCUAAUCCUGCUUCUUCCUGCUUGCUCUGACUCAGAGACAUUUAUACUCCAGCUUCAUAUACUUGCUGCUUGAAUGUGCAGGUGAUUGGUUUUAUGUAAAUCAUAUUUAUACCUUUUGUAUGCUACAAAAAUAAAUACUUUAUAUAAAAGUGGAA